GUUUAUAUUAAUUUUAGUUGUCCAGGUAUAUGAAUUUCAAUGUUUUCGAUUCUUCAAGUCUAUUUGCUGAAACCGGUGAUUGAGUUAUUGCAUCGAAGCAUAUGUAGGAUAAAAGGGACAUCGGGUCAAAAACAAAAUUAACUUAUUAAUUAAACAAAAAUAAUAUACUUCUUUCAAGUAGUAGAUUUAAUACGGUCAGUAUGAAACUACCACAAAAGGAAGUUGAAUGCAAAAUUCAAACGUUACCACCCAGUCCUGAAGGAGCUGGUGGAUCCGAAAGCCCUGAAGAAAAUUCGGAUAUAUUAAUAAAAACGAUUUUGGAUGCUUUCUGGAAACUAUGGGUCCAACUAAAGCUUCUAGCAUCAUUUGUAAUGGUUGACCUUGGCGGUUAUCAAUUGCUCGACAGGCUUGUGCAAUGGAGUGUUAGAAAUCCUCAUAAAGCCAUUUGUAUAUUUGCAGCUUUUUUGGCCUUUUUACUGCCAUUUUUGUUAAUGUUGGGUAUUGGACUUUCGACUCUAUUGAUGACACUCACCGGAUUUUUGGUUCUAGAAGGUGUAAUAUUGACCAUAAUUGCAAUGCUACUGAUUGGUUGUUUGGGUUCCUUAAUUUUAGUGGUGCUAUUUUUAAAGCAACUAAAUCGAACAUAAAAUAUGGUUUUAAGAUUUUUUUAUGAAAUUCUUGAAAGAACUAAUGGAGACAAAGUUAAGUUAGAAACAAUGAUUAAAUUAUCGGAGUGCACUUGAAAAUUGUUGUAUUUAUUGAAGAUAUUAUAUAAAGAAAAAAUUGAUCAACUAAUGGAAUAAAUAUACCAGUAAAAAAGACUACUGAAAUAAAAGGAAAGACAUAGUAACCCUAUAUACAUGUA